AUAGAAAUCAAUUAAUCAGUCUGAUGGCCUGAUAGAAGAUGAUGUCUAGGAGCCUGUUGGUCCUUUUGCUGUGGUACCGUUUCCUGGAUGGUAGCAGUAGGAACAGUUUGUGGUUGUGGUGAAUUUGGUCCCUGAUAUCCCUUGGGCCAUUUUUACACAAAACCAUACCCUACCAACCAGGCUGCUAUCCAAACUUUUUUUUAAUGGUGAAACCGAGCUCAUAUUCACCACUUGUGCUGGCAUCUCAAUCCACACUCUCACAACCAUUUCAGUAAAGAGCUUUUCCACAUGUUCCCAUUACAUUUUCACCUUCCCCACUUACCCAUGACCUCUGAUUGUCAUCCCACCCAACCUCAGUGGAAAAAGCCACUUGCAUUUAUUUACCCAAUCUUCUCCUUUAUCAUUUUGUAUGCAUCUGACAAAUCCUCAAAGCAAUGUGUAAUUUCCUUGUUUAUGUUUAGUGCCUUUUCUAGGUGUAGAGGAUGAUGAGGGGCAUUGAUCGUGUGCACAGCCAGAGGUUUGUUUUCCCAGCGCUGAAAUGUGUGGAAUGCACUCCCGGCUUUUUCAGUGAGAGUGUUUCAGUUACUGUGGGGCCAGGACCCCAUGCAGCUCAGUGGGAACAGGGAAUAAUGCCAAUGGAGAGAGUCAAACUAAGCCAGGUCACAGAUCGGAGAUGGCAGAAAUGCCCCAUUCUUACAGAGACAGGAAGAGCUUCAGAGAGUUUGGUGGUCAUUCCAGAUGCCAGCGCUGUGCCCAGUUAGAAGAUGAAUUCUCUCUCCAACUUGAGUUGAAUCUCACUGUAACAGUGUGAUAUCAAUUCACAGCUUGACAACUCAGUGAUCUCAUCUGAAAUGUUGUCCUGCACCCACUGAUGGAUUUUGUUCAUCUUUUUACAGGUUACAAAUCACAAGGAAUUUCUCUACGUAAAUCUAAAACACAACACACCAGUUUUGCUGUCUCUGUCCAGGUAUUUAAGAAGUGGAGCAAGGGAUUCACUCGGUCAUCCUUCUCGCUCAGACUGCAGAGAGAGAUUCACUUUAUGAUCUGACCAACUGCCACGGCUGUCAUUUUGAACAGGCGAUUCCCAUUCAUCUGGUCAGACAGUGGGAAUGGAUUCAGAUGGACAUUUCAACUGAAGGGACAUCAAUAAGUUCACACUGGGACAAGGCCAUCCACCUGUUCUGUGUGUGAGAAGGGAUUCAGUUGGUCUUCCCACCUGUUGACACACCAGUCAGUUUACACUGGGCAGAGGCUGUUCAUCUGCUGAAUUUGUGUGGAAGGUUUUACUCGGUCAUCUGAACAAAUGGUUCACCAGCGAGUCCACACUGAGGAGAGGCUGUUCACCUGCUCAGACUGUGGGAAGGGAUUCACUAAGUCAUCUAAACUGAAGCUACAUCAGAGAGUUCACACUGGGGAGAGACCGUUUACCUGCUCGGACUGUGGAAAAGGAUUCACUGGCUCAUACCAACUGAAAGUACAUCAAAGAAUUCACACUGGAGAGAAGCCAUUCACUUGCUCAGACUGUGGGAAGGGAUUCACUUGCUCAUCUAAGCUGAAGGUACAUCAGCGAGUUCACACUGGAGAGAGGCCAUUCACCUGCUCAGACUGUGGGAAGGGAUUCACUUGCUCAUCUAAACUGAAGGUCCAUCAGCGAGUUCACACUGGGGAGAAGCCAUUCACCUGCUCAGACUGUGGGAAGGGAUUCACUCUGUCAUCUAAACUGAAGGUACAUCAGCGAGUUCACACUGGAGAGAGGCCAUUCACCUGCUCAGACUGUGGGAAGGGAUUCACUCAGUCAUCCCACCUACAAGCACACAAGUCAGUUCACACUGGGGAGAGGCCGUUUACCUGCUCAUACUGUGGGGAGGGAUUCACUUUGUCAUGGCAGCUACUGAGACACCAGUCUGUUCACACUGGGGCGUGGCCAUUCACCUGCUCAGUGUGUGGGAAGGGAUUCACUCAGUCAUCCACGCUAAUGGCUCACCAGCGAGUUCACACUGGGGAGCGGCCGUUCACCUGCUCCGUCUGUGGGAAGGGAUUCACUUGUUCAACUGACCUGAAGGUACAUCAGAGAGUUCACACUGGGGAACGGCCAUUCAGAUGCUCAGACUGUGGGAAGGGAUUCACUCGGUCAUCUCACCUAACCGUUCAUCAGCGCGCUCACACAGGGGAGCGACCGUUCACCUGCUCAGACUGUGGAAAGAGAUUUACUCAUUCAUCCCACCUAUUGGCACACCAGCGAGUUCACACAGGGGAGCGGCCAUUCACCUGUUCAGACUGUGGUAAGGGAUUCACUCGGUCAUCUCACCUAAUGGUUCAUCAGCGAGCUCACACAGGGGAGCGGCCAUUCACCUGUUCAGACUGUGGUAAGGGAUUCACUUGGUCAUCUCAACUGAAGGUGCAUCAGCGAGUUCACACUGGAGAGAGGCCAUACACCUGCUCAGACUGUGGGAAAAGAUUCACUCAGUCAUCUCAAGUGAAGGUACAUCAGAGAGUUCACACUGAGGAACGACCGUUCACCUGCUUAGACUGUGGGAAGGGAUUCACUCUGUCAUCUAAACUGAAGGUACAUCAGCGCGUUCACACUGGGGAGAAGCCAUACACCUGCUCAGACUGUGGGGAGGGAUUCACUUUGUCAUCGCAGCUACUGAGACACCAGUCUGUUCACACUAGCGAGAGGCCAUUCAACUGCUCAGUGUGUGGGAAGGGAUUCAUUCAGUCAUCCACACUAAUGGCUCACCAGCGAGUUCACACUGGGGAGCGGCCGUUCACCUGCUCGGACUGUGGGAAGGGAUUCACUUGUUCAACUGACCUGAAGGUACAUCAGAGAGUUCACACUGGGGAACAGCGGUUCAGAUGCUCAGACUGUGGAAAGGGAUUCACUCGGUCAUCUCACCUAAUGGUUCAUCAGCGAAUUCACACUGGGGAGAGGCCAUUCACCUGCUCAGAGUGUGGGAAAGGAUUCACUCAGUCACACCACCUACAAAAACACUGGUCAGUUCACACUGGGGAGAGGCCAUUCAAAUGUAACCAUUGUGGAAAGGGAUUCUCUCAGUCAUCUGACCUAAUGGCACACCAGCGUGUUCACACCAGGGGGCAGCCAUUCACCUGCACAGUCUGCGGGAAGGGAUUCUCUCAGUCAUCCCACCUACUGAGUCAUCAGCGAGUUCACACUGGGGAGAGGCCAUUCAUCUGCACAGUAUGUGGGAAGGGAUUCACUCAGUCAUCCACCCUACAGAGUCAUCAGCGAGUUCACACUGGAGAGAGGCCAUUCACCUGCUCAGUCUGUGGGAAGGGAUUCACUCAAUCAUCCAACCUACUGAGUCAUCAGCGAGUUCACACUGGGGAGAGGCCAUUCACCUGCUCAGUCUGUGGGAAAGGAUUCACUCAGUCAUCCAACCUACAGAGUCAUCAGCGAGUUCACACUGGGGAGAAGCCAUUCACCUGCUCAGUCUGUGGGAAGGGAUUCACUGAUGCAUCCCACCUACUGAGUCAUCAGCGAGUUCACACUGGGGAGAGGCCAUUCACCUGCUCAGUCUGUGGGAAGGGAUUCACUCAGUCAUCCCACCUGCAGAAUCAUCAGCGAGUUCACACUGGGGAAAAGCCAUUCACCUGCUCAGAAUGUGGGAAAGGAUUCACUCAGUCAUCCAAACUACUGGUCCACCAGCAAUUUCACACUGGGGAGCGGCCAUUCACCUGCUCACCGUGCGGGAAGGGAUUCACUAGCUCAUCUAAACUGAAGGUACAUCAGAGAGUUCACACUGGGGAGAAGCCAUUCAACUGCUCAGUCUGUGGGAAGGGAUUCACUCAGUCAUCCACCCUACAGAAUCAUCAGCGAGUUCACACUGGGGAGAGGCCAUUCACCUGCUCAGAAUGUGGGAAGCGAUUCACUCAGCCAUCCAGCCUACAGAAUCAUCAGCGAGUUCACACUGGGGAGAGGCCGUUCACCUGCUCAGAAUGUGGGAAGGGAUUCAUACUGUCAUUUUACCUACAGAGACACCAGCGAGUUCACACUGGGGAGAGGCCAUUCACCUGCUCAGUCUGUGGGAAGGGAUUCACUCAGUCAUCCAACCUACUGGUACAUCAGCGUGUUCACACUGGGGAGAAGCCAUUCACCUGUUCAGUCUGUGGGAAGCGAUUCACUCAGUCACACCAUCUGCAGAAUCAUCAGCGAGUUCACACUGGGGCAAAGCUGUUCACCUGCUUAGACUGUGGGAUAGGAUUCACUCAGUCAUCACAACUACUGGCACACCAGUCAGUUCACAAUGGGAGGUAGCCGUUGUUAUGAAUCCCUGGGUUUCGUUUGCUGUGGACUGUCAUUUUAAAAGAGAGAGAGAGAGAGAUUAAGAAGGUGAAUCAGCCUGACUUGCAGCUGGUUUACAUCGCGUGCAGCUUGUUUAGUUUUAACUGAGGACACAGACACUCAGAGUCAGAUGGAGACGGAGGAAAAAUGGAAGGAUCAAAACCAGGGAACUAGGGGCCAAGUGUCACCGUUUGGAACUUUCCUAUGCCCACAAGGGUGGGUUAAUUAUCGAUUUACCAUACAUCGAAUGUGUGGUUGUCACCUUGUUUGAUCCAUAGGAGUGGAUCGGAUUUGGCGCAUCCUGUGAAGACCACUUAUGUGUUAACCCUUGCCGGCUGUGGUGUGGUUGUUCACUUGAAGAUGACACACCUUGUGACAAGUCACUUUCGGUGAUAAUUUGUAUGUGGAUUUGGAGCGAUGACAGAUAAAAUCUACAGCGACUGUUCUCUUGAUUUACCACCGAAGAACCUGUGGAAUUCUACAUAUUUGCGUUUUUUCGCCAUUUACCCUGGAUUACAAAUCUCUCUCUCUCAUCGCCUAUACUGUAGUUGAACUGAACUUUCAUACUUUACCAUCUCAAGACUCUAAGCUUUGUUUCCCCCGAGCUCAACAGUUUGGGAGUUACAUUUACACACAGUUAUAAACUUAACACUGUUAACUUCUGUUUAUCUUGUUUAAGUUGCAAUAUUACAAGUAGAUUCUAAUAGGGAUAGAUUUAGCAUCAAAACCAGACUCCAGGUGUAGUCUAUUGCUGCUGGUUUGUUUCUAAAGCAUUAUGGUUCAUAACAAAUUUGGGGCCUGCAUCUGGGAUAUGAACAAAUGUGGGGUCUAUUGAUCGAUUAAUUAUCGACUUGAUUGGGAAAAUUCCUUUUGACUUAUUUGUGUGUGGAAAUUAGCAGCAAUGGACAUUUAUAAAUUUCUGGAAUCGCCAACCCCUGAGGCAUCUGGAAAAGCCAAAAAGAAUGAAUUACUGACUGUUGCUAAUGGGCUGAAUCUUAAACAGGUAAGGGGGUGUGAAGGACCAGGGCAAGCAUAAAACUGGGAAAGGAGGUAAAGGAAAACCAAUAGGGAUUUUAUUAUAAAAUAUAGGCAUCCACCCACUUUUUCGGAGACUGGGAUCCCUGUUUCUACCGGUAAUAAUGUGCAUUUCAAUGUGUUCACUCAGCCCUCGAUUCUCUAAAUGAAAGGGUUAUCCACAUUUGAUCUUUCUUUAUAUGUUGACCCAACCAUUUCAGGGAUCAGUCUAUUGAAACUCCAUUGCACUCUUUAUAACAAAUACUCUCUAACCACUUUGUUAAUCCUCUGUGCGAAAAAAUGUGCAUCUUCCGCAGCCCCGUGUUGCCCCAACCACUCACCUCCUGAACCUGUCAUUGGCCCCACUUGCACGUCAACCAUCUGCCGGUGUUUUCCCCCUAAUGUGAAUCCCUCUGCUCACCACCACUGUGGGCUCAGACAUUUCCGCAGAUUUCCACCGGGACAAACAUCCUGUCUGCCCCCUCUCACACCAUUUUUUUUCCUUUCAAUAAAAUCGCUCCUCUCCCUCCCCAAGGAACUGGCAUCAAACCGACGGGCCAAGCGGUCUCCUACCUCUCGACGACACAUUAGCCUUCAGCCGCAGGAGACGCUUCACAAACGCCCCAACUUCCCUUGGAGGGAAAUGGAAAUAAAUCAAAAAACGGACAUUUACUCGACUGUGAUGUGGAGUUUGAGGCUGGGGCGAGAGUCGAAAUCAGCGGGGGUAACGCCCUCUGGACUUGUCCACCAAUGCGAACUGGUGGUAACAAGUGAUUGACAUCGCUUUGCACCAGAGGGAAUAGCGCAGCCCCUGAAUCCUCUGUAGACAGCUGUGGGGGACGGCUGGUCACAUGUUUAUUAGCCCAGCUAUUAAACUGAUAAAGCCCGAGCUCAGCAACACAUGGAUGACGUAAGACGCUGUGCACGUAAGGGCAGAUCCCGGUGUGGGUAGCCCAUGAGUGACGUCAGGCACGAGGGAGGUCUGUGUGACGUCACCUGUGGGGAUGCACUCCCAUUUAAAUGCACCUUAGUGCGUUUCUUAUGAUUUCAGAGGGAUAACAACAUUAAUCACGGGUUUCAUUACUGAAUCCACUGUUGUGAGAUGUAAAGUCCUCUGUUAUGUGACCGGCUGGGCCUUGUUGGUUGGGGGCUAUUGAUCUAUUAAUUAUCUAUUUGAUUGGGCAUAUCCCUUUUGAUUUAUUUGUGUGUGGAAAUCAGCAGCAGUGGAUAUUGAUAAAUUUCUGUAGGUUGGAUGACUGAGUGUAUCCCUUCCCACGUACUUCCGCAUCCAGGUCAUCCACUCUUGGUCUUCCUGGAAUCAUUCUUUGACACUUCUCCGGACCCACUCCAAUACGAACACAUCUUUUGCUCAGAUAAUAAGUCGGAAGUACAGGUCGGAAUCUGCUCACUAUCCACCAACAGGGAUCUGCCCAAUGUGUUGUAAAGCUAUAAUAUCGCAUCCUUGCUCUUAUAUUGCUAACAUUGCAGUUGUCAUCCUUAAUCAACUCAAUCUACAAGCAAAUCUUUAGGGCCUCUUGCUCAAGGACUUACAAGCACUUAUGCACCUCUAAUUUUUUCAAGCUUCUCCCAUUUACUUUUUUUCUAUGCCAAUUACUUCUACCAAAUGUGCAUGACUUGCAUACACUGUAUUUCAACUGCUACUUUGCUGGCAUUCUCCAGACCUAUCGAAGUCCUUCUGCAGACUCCCGCUUUGCUCUAAACUAUCUGUCCCAGACCUAUCUUUGUAUCAACCGCAAUGUUCGUCACCAAGGUAUCAAUUCCGUCAUCCAUAUCAUUCAGAUUUAACAUGAAACGAUGCGGUCUCAAUACUGACCCCUACAGAACAGCAUGAGUUACCGACAGAAAAACAGAAUUGCCCACAUUAUUCUGACACUUUCUCCCUUGUCAGUACAAGUUUCUUCCCUGUAAUUCCAUGAGCUGUGAUCCUGUUAAGCAGCCUCACGUGCAGCACCUUAGAAACAUAGAAAACCUGCGGCACGUUACAGGCCCUUUGGCUCACAAAGCGAUGCCGAACAUGUCCUUGCUCUAGAAAUGCCAAGGGUUACCGACAGCUCUCUGUUUUUCUAAGCUCUGUAUACCUAUCCAGGAGUCUCUUAAAAGACCCACAGGAUGGUGACUGUUUGGAACCCAUCACCACAGGGAGAGCAAGAGGUGAACAACAGGGGAGGAUUUGAAAGGACUGUCCUGGAACAGAAUCACAGGCAGGGUCCAGCCGGCCUGAGUUGACCCUCUGCUAUGCACUAUGUGUGUCAUAAAUUCACUGCGUACCGGAGACAGAGUUUAAAAUAGAACUGAUUUAUUUGUCUCAGAACCAGAAUAUUAAACUCCAGUCCCAUUAAAGGUGAAUGUGCAGCAGAAGAAACUCCUCCCAUGCCCAGUGACCAGGGUGCAGAACUGGGUGUGGUGAGCAGCAGCAAUAGUUGCAGAGUUCAGCACUUAGUCACUCUCGAAAUUGCAUUCAGCAACGGUGAUGGACAUAUAUCCAGCAUACAGCUUAUUGAAACUUUCUCCCCAGUGUGAACCGGGUAAUCUGUCACAAGUAUAACAAUGUUUAGAAAACAGGGAUUUGGAGUGUGGGUCUAUCCAAUGAGAGAAAUGUUCCUUCUUGUGAGUCUGGAAGAGAGAUUUUCAUGGUCUUUUGCUGGGGAGAGAUGAGAUGAUGCGAAUGGAGAGAGUGGGCUCUGUUUCUUUUUUUUUGUUUUCUUUACUAACCCUAUAGUCAAAGUAAGAAUUAUAAAUCUCAAUUGUUUAAUCA